AUGGAGAGCGGGGGCGAGAAGGCCCGGAGGCACGCCGCGGGCCGGUGCGCGGAGCGGUGGUGGCGGUUCGCGGAGCGGCGGCACAGGGACCUGCUGAUCGUGCCCGUGGUGCUGGUCUGCAAGGCCCUCGGCUACGUGUACGUGGUGCAGGAGUUGGUGGUGCCGCCGGAGGAGCCGGCCGUGCAGCUCCUGAGCGCGGUGGGCCACGCGCUGUUCGCCCUCUUCCUCGCGAGCUGGCUCGGGGUGGUGCUCAUCGGCCCUGGGCGGGUGCCCAGGGCCGCGGCGCUGGGCUCGAAGCUGCCGGAGGGCGCCAGGCGCGCGCUGGAGGUCUCGAGCAGCGGUGGGGCCGGAAGCGCAAGUUCGACGCUAAGGAUGGUUGGUGCGACAGGUGCGACAGGUGGAAGCCUGCACUGGCCCACCACUGCUCCGUAUGCGACACAUGCUGCCUCUGGAUGGACCACCACUGCAACUUCGCUGGGCAGUGCGUCGGCUUCCGGAAUUUGA